AUGGUUGGGCUUUCCGGUUGUGCACAGGAGCUCCCAGACGGGUUUUGGCUUGUGAAGUUUUUCUACUCCUUUGAGGAAAUUGUAAGAGGUGUGAUCAUGCCUGGGUCUCUAGAGCGUUCACAGCUCACUGAUAAGCAAGAUGAUGAGGACACAGCUGGCCUGGGACCCGAGCAGAUUCCCUCAGAUGAGGAGGAAGAAGAUAGCAUGUCUGUUUCAUCUUUUCACUUUUCCUUCCCCUCCAGCUCUUCUUCCCCCAGGUCCUCCCUUUCAUACUUCUCUCUGAAUUCAGUGUUUGAAGAAGACGAAGAGAUGGAGGAGGUGGCAGGGGAGCCAAAUGAGAAAGAAGUGCAGGAGGAGGAGCUGCUUGCUGCUGAUGUGAUAUGUGCUCUCCAGAGUCCUCCUCAGAUUGCUGCAGGCAGCCACCCUUCCCCUGCUUCAUGCAGCAUGUUAGAUGAAGCGUCCAACAGCACACAAGAUAAGGACACUGGAUCCUUCGUCCAAGAGGUGCUGGAUAAGAAGGUGGCUGAGUUAGUGCAGUUUUUCCUCCUCAAAUACCAAACAAAGGAGCUAAUUACAAAAGCAGAAAUGCUGAAUGAUGUCAUCAAGGAAUACACAGACCACUUUCCUGUGAUCGUUGGGAAGGCUCGUGCAUUCACAGAGCUUGUCUUUGGCAUUGUGGUGAAAGAACUGGGUCCCAAAGACCUUAUCUAUAUAUCUUAUAGUACUGUAGAUCUCACCUACCAUGGAAUGCUGAAGGAAUACCAGAGCCCCUCCAAGACCAGCCUACUCUUAUUUGUCCUGGGGAUGAUUCUCAUGGAUGGUGACUGCAUGCCUGAAGAGAAGUUCUGGGAAGUGCUGAAUGCAUUGGCGGUAUAUGCCGAAAGGGAACAUGUCAUGUAUGGUGAUGCCAGAAUGCUCAUCAGUGAUUGGGUACAAAAAAGUUACCUUAUGUACAAGUAUGUUCCCAAUAGUGAUCCGAAAUGUUACACAUUCCACUGGGGCCCGAGAGCCCACGCUGAGGUCAGUGAGGGAAAAAUCUGGGCACUUUUGGCCAAGCUAAAGGGUAUCAUGCUCAGUUCAUUUCCAGCCUGGUAUAAGGAUGGGUUGAAAAAUGUGAGAGAGCCUAGUCUGUAA